AUGGAGACGCCAGUUGAUACACCUGAAGCAGCCAGUAUUGCGCUUUCGAAGGACGCCGUAUUGGCUCCCAAGCGUCAAAAGAGAAAGCCUCUUCCGACAGAUGCCUCAGCCGUCGCACUUGAUCCAGCUUCAACCGCGAAGCGGAGGAAGCCGCUCUUGCCUGCAGGCACACACGAGCAGCACCAAAGUGUAGCGCAGCCGUCAAAACACACAGUACAAGUGCAGCAGUGUGGGGAUAGCGCAGCGACAGCUCAAACAACGGCAACAGCGUCAGACAAGGCCGAACCAGUCAGUCCGUUUCAGCCUGCUGGAUUGAGCACAGCUAAGAUGAGUGCAAGAUCGGCAGCAAGAGGAUCAGCGCAGGCAAAAAGCGACGCAAGGAGUGACACUUCCACAUCGCUUGCUGCAUGCAUGUCUCUCCCACCAACAGCAGCAGCUCCGACAAGGUUAGGACCAAGUGACGCAACACCAGAAGAAGAAGCAACGAACAAGACGAAAGACGACGCCAGUCCCCCCGCAACUGCCACCCCUUCGGCUGCACCUUGCGCUUCUCUAGCGCAUGCAGCACCUGCUUCUACACCGUCUACAGGCACCACCCCUGCAGCAGCAGCAGCAGCAGCUGCUACAGCUGCUGCUGCAGCUGCUGCUGCGAGCGCUGCUGCACUUGCAGCAGCCGAGGAUGCAGCAGAGACAGUCAAGAAACUGUCGAACCUGGCAGUCCUAAGAGCGAUAGGAAGCAGUGGGUGCAGCAGUCCUUUUGCCAGCGUGGAAGCAGGGAACGCUGCUGCAAGGCUUGCGUCGAAACAGCCGCAAAGCACUUUAGACUCAAGCGCAGGAGGUGCUUUUGGUGCAUGCGCGUCAGAGCUCCUGCCCGCACAUUCCAAGGCAGGCAGCGCUGCGAAGACUGCUGCCGAAGCCGCUAGUGCCUCCGGCACGUCUUCUGCUGCAACACUCUUCGCCAGGAAGCCCUCAAGAUCCGCGAUAAAUUGUUUCUCCCCUGCGUCGACAUCUACGCAGCGCACCGCCUCGACGCCAGCAAGAAGGUCGGCGAGAAGAGGCUUGCGCUCUUUGCCAGAAGCGGAGAGCAGCGACAAAGAUCCCUGGCUGCCAGCGAACUCAGCGAGCAGCUCGCCACGUCUGAGUGCGUCGUUCGCCUUCGAAAGAACGCGGGAGCCUCGGAAGACGCCUCCAGGAGCGGCUCCUCUGGAGCCGCUGUCUGGAGGCUCAGCUGCAGCAGCCAAGGCACACGCAUCCGCCGCUCGACAGUGGUCUCCCUGGAUGACGCACAGUUCGCUCGACGGCAGACGCAUGCGUUGCAACCGUUCGACAACGGCUACAGACAGCUGGAGAGUCUCCAGCGCAAGGAAGCAUCCAACAGAGGAGGGGCAGCAUAGGCGGCGUGAUGCCCGCAGGAGUUCCCCUACCCCAGCAGUGGCAGCAGCAGUGGCAGCAGCAGUGGCAGCUGCAGCUGCAGCAGCUGCAGCAGCGGCAGCAGCGGCAGCCGCCGCUGCUGCCAGCAAAGACGUCGAAGACUUGGUGCGCACUACGCUUCAACAGGCAGAAGAGAACAGUCCGUCGCAGAAGCAGCACGAGAAGCCUCCAUGUUUCGUUGACAUUCCUGUUGCCUCUGACUCGGCAGAAGCAACAGCAGCUACGGGAAAAGCAGCAACAGCUCUUCCGUGUUUAUCAACAGCAGCAGACGAUUGCCAAGCACUGUGCGCUUCUUCAAGCAGACGCGCCGACGGAAGCGUCAUUGCUGACUGCUGCGCUCUUAGAAGGGCCCUAGAAGACACGUCUCCGGUAAUUUCUUGCAUGUCAAUUAUCUGUGAGGGCGUGACUGUACAAAUACAGAAAGCUUGCGCCGCCGCUCUAACCUCGGCUCUCUGUGCUUGCUGA